AUUGCGUCACUUCCGCUUACUGUCGGGCACCGCCGUGGAGUUCUGAGAGUGCUGCUGCGAACGGGCUGAAGGAGCUGGGGGACUAGAGGCGGGGUGGGCGGGGGGUGGGCGGAACGGGGAGGAAAUCCCAUCACCGAGACGCCAGCCUGGACGUUCCCACCUCCUCCGACACUGUCGGGUCCGAUUGGAGAGGGGUCACCGCCUCCUCCAGCUGUGGAGAAGGGGGGCGGAGCCCGGUUCAGGAUCAUGGAUUUUCCUGGACACUUUGAACAGAUCUUUCAACAACUGAACUACCAGAGACUUCAUGGCCAGCUCUGUGAUUGUGUCAUCGUAGUAGGGAAUAGACAUUUUAAAGCCCACCGCUCCGUGCUGGCAGCAUGCAGCACGCAUUUCCGAGCCCUGUUCUCAGUGGCAGAGGGAGAUCAGACCAUGAACAUGAUCCAGCUGGAUAGUGAGGUAGUGACAGCGGAGGCCUUUGCCGCACUGAUUGACAUGAUGUAUACCUCCACCCUUAUGCUGGGCGAGAGCAAUGUUAUGGAUGUCUUAUUGGCAGCCUCUCACCUGCAUCUGAACUCUGUUGUUAAGGCAUGUAAACAUUACUUAACGACAAGGACGCUGCCCAUGUCUCCCCCCAGUGAGCGCGUUCAGGAGCAGAGUGCCCGCAUGCAGCGCUCCUUUAUGCUACAGCAGCUGGGACUAAGCAUUGUGAGCUCAGCCCUCAAUUCCAGCCAGAGCGGCGAGGAGCAGCCAGCACCUAUGAGCUCAUCGAUGUGCAGUAAUCUGGACCAGCGGACGCCCUUCCCCGUGAGACGCCUUCAUAAGCGCAAGCAGUCUGCAGAAGAGCGAGCCAGACAGCGCCUCCGACCCCCCAUGGAUGAGUCUGCCAUUUCAGACGUUACCCCAGAAAAUGGACCGUCGGUGGUUCAUUCUCGGGAGGAGUUCUUCUCACCAGAUUCUCUGAAAAUUGUGGAUAACCCUAAGGCUGAUGGCAUGACCGACAGCCAGGAAGACAAUACCAUCAUGUUUGACCAGUCUUUUGGUGCUCAGGAAGAUGCCCAGGUGCCCAGCCAGUCCGACAACAGUGCCGGCAACAUGGCACAGUUGUCCAUGGCCUCUCGUGCAACUCAGGUUGAGACUAGUUUUGAGCAGGAAGCUGCAACUGAGAAAAGUGACUUCCAGUGUGAAAAUCCUGAGGUUGGCCUUGGUGAGAAGGAGCACAUGAGAGUGGUAGUGAAAUCAGAGCCCCUGAGCUCUCCCGAGCCUCAGGAUGAAGUGAGUGAUGUGACCUCACAAGCAGAAGGCAGUGAGUCUGUGGAAGUGGAAGGAGUUGUGGUCAAUGCUAAGAUAGACCUCAGCCCUGAAAGCAGUGAUCGGAGUUUUUCAGAUCCCCAGUCUAGCACUGACAGGGUAGGUGACAUCCAUAUAUUGGAAGUCACAAAUAACUUAGAACAUAAGUCCACUUUUAGCAUUUCAAGUUUUCUUAACAAGAGUAGAGCUGGUAACUUCAGCACAAACCAGAACAAUGAUGAUAACAUCCCAAACACCACUAGUGACUGCAGGCUGGAGGGUGAUGCCUCUUAUUUGUUGAGUCCAGAGGCUGGGCCUGCAGGCGGGCCUUCCUCAGCCGUUGGCUCUCAUGUGGAGAACCCAUUUAGUGAGCCUACAGACUCCCAUUUUGUUAGGCCUAUGCAGGAAGUGAUGGGUCUGCCAUGUGUGCAGACUUCAGGCUACCAAGGAGGAGAACAGUUUGGGAUGGAUUUUUCCAGGUCUGGUUUGGGACUCCACUCCUCCUUCUCCAGAGUAAUGAUGGGCUCCCCAAGAGGAGGAGCUGGUAACUUUCCAUAUUACCGCCGCAUAGCUCCCAAAAUGCCAGUUGUAACUUCCGUCAGGAGCUCACAGAUCCCUGAAAACUCUGCCAGUUCCCAGCUAAUGAUGAAUGGGGCCACGUCCUCAUUUGAAAAUGGCCGUGCUUCCCAGCCUGGCCCUCCACAGUUGACCAGGGCCUCUGCUGACGUCCUGUCAAAGUGCAAGAAGGCCUUAUCAGAGCACAAUGUCUUGGUUGUAGAGGGCGCUCGCAAGUAUGCCUGCAAAAUCUGCUGCAAGACUUUUCUGACCUUGACAGAUUGCAAGAAGCACAUCCGUGUUCACACAGGUGAAAAACCCUAUGCCUGCUUAAAGUGUGGCAAGCGGUUUAGCCAGUCUAGCCACCUAUAUAAACAUUCUAAGACUACCUGUCUCCGCUGGCAGAGCAGCAAUCUUCCCAGCACUUUGCUCUAACCCCAUCCUUUUGAGACAAUCCUGAUGCCAGUGGUAGGAUUGAAACUAAAAUCUCUAUUGGUAGAUGGUUAAUGCCAUAGGGUUUGAGCUUCAGGCUGCAGUGGCUCUUGCAAAUUUUGACAGCUAAUAAGUGAAGUCUAAUAAAUAUAGCACCUGUGUGGCUACAUUUCGAGUGAAGUACAGAACUUGGUAGAGGGAUGCAAUCCCUGAAACCAAGUUCUUCCUUAGGAUUGAGUAAUGCAGUCAUAAAAUAGUUUGUAAUUGAUGUUGUUAAAAGUGGCAGAUUUAAAAAUUAAAAUUGAAGUGCAAAAAAAUUUUUUUAGCAAUUUUGUAAAACUGUGAGGCAUUUAAAUUUCCUAUACCCUCUGAUAGGAAUAUUAUAUACCUGUACAGUGAUGCAAAAUGCACUUAUGUGUAAACAGUGGCAACGUCAUGCAUGUCUAAAAGGAAAGCCCUUGAGGACAUGCCUGUCUGCCACAAAUGCUUUAAAUUGUAUCAAGAGCUAGUCUAAGCCUCAGAAAGUACUGUAUUUUUUAUUUUUGUCUGAUUUGCAGUCACAGACACUGCACUUUUAUGGUGCUGACACUGGGUCCAGAGCGAGCAUUCUCUUGGACUAUAAGGUGUAUAUACUUUUGAAUACAUCACUGUUGGACAGAUGUUUUAACAAUUUUCCUGGUUUUAAAAACAAAGUUGUAAAUGGAGUAUGUACUCUUAGGGAGUGACAAGUAAGGUAUUGUUCUGUAUGUGCUGUUUUAGUAGUAUUUUAACCAACCUGUAUUACAGAUGUUAAGUUCCAUGUUUAGAAGUCAAAAAAGAGCUAGUGUUUUGUCUUUCUUCUGAUGACGUGGAGUCAUGUUUCGUGGGAUCUUUAUGGCACACUUAUCCUUUGCUCUGGCCAGAUGUUGGAGGCCAGUCCCAUCUGACACAUUUCAGCCAAGGGCCAGCCUGUUCUCUGCUUCUUCUCUUCACACUCCCAUGCCCUGUAUGGCAUCUUUCCCAGACCAAGCUUACUGUUUUAGGUAUAAACUAAUCAAAAAAUAGUGCCAGCCCCCCUUUGCCCUGGGUUUUAUUACCGACAUAUACUAUGAUUUAAAAGUAUAGAUCCUAAACUUUGUAGUUGUAGUUUCCCCAGUCCAAUACUGAAUGUGUAAAAUUAUUUGAAAUCUAAAGGUAGCAGUAUUCAUGAAUAUUUUUUAGGCUCUGUAAGAGGGUUAACAGCCCAUGGCAUAGAAGUCACCAGGUAGCAUCCAAGACUGUUAGAGGUGGCACUGGAUCAUUGCCCAGGUCCUUUCUGGGCCCCACGGCCUCCCUUCCCCAGCCACAUCUUCCUGUCGCCUGGGACUGUGCCAUCAGGGCUGCUGGUGGCCCCUGUUUGGGGGUAAGCCUGGCUCAUGUGCUUUCAGGGGAACAGCAUAGAUUAAUGCAUCUCAGUAGAACUCGUGAAGUCAUAGUUUGACUCAUGCAUGAACAUGAGUUCAUUUUCUUUUUUCUUUAUACAGCCUUUCUAGAGACACUAAACCAUUGUGCAUAAUUCAAAGAAAUCCUUCAGUUCUUCUGUUUAGAAAACUAAGCGUGUAUGUGUAGCUUAAAACAAAAAUUAGUGUGUGCUUUCUCCUCUUACUCUAGCAUAUGCAGUUACACGUGUCUGUGGAUAAACCCACAAUGCUCAUAGUGGGACUUAGCAUCCCCUAAGAACUGAUUCCUAGGGAGGAAAGCCAAAAGGGAAGCCUCUGUGAUUCUUCUCCUUUCAAGUACACACGGGCAAGAGGCCUGUGGAGGAUAUGGAAUCACCUGUGAAACUCAGUUCUGUGUCGCUAAUUGUUAGUAAUCAUGUUCUGACUUGAUGUGAGGAGGCUACAUCUAAAAUGGUGGGGACCAGUGUUCUGUGAGGUGCUUCAUCUUGGGAGACAGAUGGGUCAACAUGGAGAACAAGACAGGCCCUGCCUGGACCCAGGGAGAAGAACCUGUCACCUCGGGAAGAGCAGUGGGCAACCUUCCUUCCCUUCCAUCCUGAUGAGGUGUCAGAGCCUGCCCCUCACCUUAGCUUAAGCUUAAGUGGACUUUGCUUUGGGGGUCUCUCUCAUAGAGCUGCUGGAGCCCUGCCUCUCCACUGCUAGAUGGAACCUGGAAUCUCUCAUCUACCUCUUAGUUAGUUUCUACAUGUGAGAAGCAAGCUUCCAGUUAGUGCCCUGGUACAUGCUGUAGCACUUAAAACAUAAUUCAAAGGUUCACUGGAAUACCAGUCCCAGGGUUCCCAUGACCCAUGGUUUGUACCUGAAUUAUAACUGGUAUUGGAUAACUGAAUUUUGAUUGGUUAGCCUUAAUUAUAGCCUGGCAUAAUCAUGUAGAAUCUUUUGUAGUGAUCAAAUCAUAAAGUUCUAUGAGGGCAUCCAUGUCAGUGGUGCUAUGCUGGUCAGAAUUUGAGAUUUUGAAAUAAAAAUUUUGUCAUAUUCAUGCCUCUGACUAAAUAUGUCUUUUUUUUUUUUUUGCUUAGGCUGUUAAGAUUGAAACCCAAAAGGGAAAUAGCAUUU